UUCAGAGGGAAAAUCGCGCACCUGGCAACUCCGGCGCCCUGCGUGGUCAGGUCUGGCUCACUGUCUGGCUUAGUUUGUGGAGAAUGUGCGCUACACAGCGAGCGGAGUGUGAGAGGACAGUCGUGUUAUACGCUGUGUAGGCUAACUUCUGCUCCAGCACGUCCAGGUUUUAUGGAAAAGUAAAAAAACAAACAAAAAAAGAAGGUCUCAGGAGUAGGCUGUGCUCCAGGAAAUGACCAGUCAUGUUCUCCGCCUCAAGCCACUGAGUGAGAGGGAAACACACAAGCUCCAGCUCUUCUCAUUCUCCUCCUGAGACAUGGACUACACGGGGAUAAAACUCUGAGUAAAACUAUAAGAUACGCAGGGAUGCAGGGGUCUCUAGCACGGAUUUGCGUGGUUGUGGCAGCUGCCAUUCUCAACCAUCCAUUUUUCCCUAAGGAGAACACUACCAUCCCAGAAGAGGAAGAAGACAUUUUGGCCCGAAUGAAGGAGCAUGAGGAGAUGCUACAAGCUGAACAAGAACGCCUUGAACAAGAGAUCUCAAAGGCAGAUCAAGAAGCCACAAACUCUGGCCUUGACUACUAUGGUUGGUACUUUUGGAGCACACUUUCUCUUGUCAUUUUCUUCACUAUUGAAGUUUGUAGGCAGGAUCUGAACCCUGGUGAAACACCUGCCCGUGCUGAAGAUGAAGAAGGAUACACCAACAGUGGGUCUCUCAAUCCUAAGGAUCUGAUCUUAGAUAAAAGUGUCCUAAGCAACCUCUGUGAGACCAGCUUCCAGCCCUUUGUCCAUGAGAGUGGGAGAGUGCAGGAGUUUGUUGAAGGCUUUGCAGAUGACUUACUGGAAGCUUUGAGGAGCAUUUGUGACCGUGAUGUUGACAUGGAGCUUGAGGACUUUAUUGGAGUGGGCAGCAUGUUUGAGUCCUGGAGAGUGUGUAAGCCUGUCAUGUGUGACCUCAUUGUGCCAUUUGCAACCCCAGAACCUUACAAUUUUCAGUUCGAUCUAUGGUGUGAUGCAUCCUCUGACAUCCCACUGGACCUGCAAGGAUGUGGGAAGAUUAAGUUGGUAAGAUUAAGUGAGAAUUGCCCAGACUGCUUCUCUGGCAAAACCACAGUCGAUGAGGAUAUGCUAUGCCUGCUUCACAACAGAAACCACGAUAGCAAAGCUGAUAACCAUGCUUUGGAAGAACUACUCUGCUUAAGAAACACUGCUUAUCUGUCUAAGGAUCAGGUCAUGAAAUGGUUCCAGAUCUCAGUGACAAGAGCAUGGGGGCGGAUCUCUCACAAAUAUGAGUUUGAACUCACUUUCCGCAACCUGGAUUUCCCUGGUGCCUUGAAGGUCAGGUUCAGGUCAGGAAAGGUUAUUGUUCUAAACAUUACACCUGCUAUCCAGCUUGAAGAUUCACAUGCAUACUUCAUCUCUCAUUUUCCUUCAGACAGUGGUAACACCACAGAUAUCCACUGGCACCUCUCAUUCACUGUUUAUGAAAGAAACCUGCUCAAACACAUGGCAAAGAAACUUCCAGAAAACUCUUGUCACCUCCGAUGCCUUCAGCUUGUUUCUUUCUUGCACAAAAAACAGUCAGGUCUAAGAGGCAGAAGUUCCCUUACAAAUUACCAUCUGAAGACUGCAUUCUUGCAUCUACUGUUGAGUAAAUCUCCUUCAGCAUGGAGACCACAGAAUCUGGACCAGAGGUUGCGGGACCUUUUGGCUUUUCUACAGAAAAGCUUGCAGGAAAAGAGACUUACUCAUAUUAUCAUUGGGAACCCACUUGUUCCACUUGAAAUUGGAGUUCCAGCAAUAUUUCAGGAUGCAGAACCAAUAAACCUUUUCAGGCCUCUGGUGUUACAGAGGCAGGUAUAUGCAAAGAUGGUGGAAAAUUUUGAAGAGAUGCUCAGAAAUGCACCAGUGCUUAUUCAAGAGUACGCGCCACACUUCCCUAAUGGUGGACUUAAUUCAACAACCGUGCCCUAGAAUGACUAACUGCACCAACGGAAAUUUGGGACUCAGUAGCUUACUCAUCAGCCCCAGAGACAUCCAGGCUGUAAUUGAAUAACUGUCUAUGUAAAUAGUUUUUUAAGCACUGAAAUUACUCCAUACAAAUGACUAAGGUUGUACAUUGAUUAGAAAAAGCACUUGUGAUUCCAUAUAGGCAGCUAUUAUGUGCUAAUAUGCAUGGUUCAUAUUAUGUAAAUGCUUAUUUAAGUGUAGUGUUAUUUUAAACAUCUAAUAAUAUUGAAAAAUUAAUCAUAUUACAGUGCCUCAGCAGUAUUAUAAAAAUUAUUUUUCUGUUUCUAACUGUCGUUUCAUGGAUUGGGAGUGUUGGAACAUUCCUUUGGUCAUAGUCAUGAUGACUGGUUUUAUUUUCAUAGUGCUUUGAAUAACAUCCUAUAUAUUGUUAAAAAGAAAGUUUACAGAGAUUUAGGCCUGACACACCCAGUGAGCAAGGCAAGCUUGUUUGAUUUGUAUCGCACUGUAACAAGUGACAUUUUCACAAAGCAUCUUGAUACAACCGUUGGCAGAGUGGAUCAGCGAGUAGCAUUGUUUACUCACAGCUAAACAGCUAGUUCCUGUCUGUGUGGAGUUUCUAUGCAUGUUCAUGUUCAUGCCAGGAGGUGGACUGGCUUCUCUAAAUUGCCCCUAGGUGUAAAUGAGUGUGUGUAACUGUAAUUUCCCUGCAGUGGACUGGUGUCCCAAUCAGGAUGUAUUCCCUAUAAGCAUGUUCUCUCUCCAGACGGAUCCCUGACCAGGAUAAAUCCUGAAGACGAGUGAAUGAAUGAAUAAAUGAAUCCUGAGACUCCAGAUCCAGACUCCUAAUGAGGAAGUUAAGGGUGACAGUGCCAAGGACACUUAUUCUCCUCUGGGCAGCAAGCAAAAUUAAAAUCAUAGAUGAAAUGUACAAACUUGGAAUUAAACAAAGGUACUUUAAUACCAUUUCAUGACACAGACUGUGACACAGACUAUAUCUGUAAAAACAAACAAAAAAAAAAAGUCUGUACUGAAAAACACUUAUAUCAGAGUAUUCAUUUUAGAGUUGAAAUUAUUUCAGUAUAGACAUAAUUUUAUAAGCCAUAGUCAUAAUUGGGCUUUCCCUCAAUGAAUGAGGUAAAAAAGACUUUGUGGACAUCUGCACUGAACUUGAGCGCCUUCACUGCUGGAUCCUCUUGCAUGCGUACAAUCCAGUUGUUCAGCUCAGGAGCGCCAUCCAGACAGCUGGGAAAGAAUGAGCAUGUGUUCAUAUACAACACUUACUGAAACUAUAAUCAUAUUCAUUCCCCAAAUGCAGAGAUAGCAUACAUUACAAAUAAGAAAAUAUAUAACAUGGAUCUGCUUUGGUUCAAAUACACAUUGUUAUUUUAUGUUUUUUGGUUGUUCUUGUUGUGCUCUUGUAUAAAUAAGAAUUUAUACAAAUAAAUAAAUAAGAAAUAAAUAAGAAAAAACAUACUAUUUGAGCUGCCAGGCCUCCACCCUCUCAAACCAUGGCCAGAUCAGAUAGUCAAUCAUAGUGACUGAAUCACCUCCAAAGUAUUUGGUUUUCUUGUUAACAAGAACCUGCCAAAGUAUAAAAUAAAGAUAAAAUAAAUGCAGCUUCAUAUGCAAUACUGAGACUUAAACCACAAAUCCAAAUAUCUGUAUGGUCAAUGUAAAUGGUUUAAACCCUUCAUUUACUGUUUUGGGUUAAAACUGUAAUUCAACUCAACCAUUUAAAUAUUGUACUAUACCUUA